GUCGCUGGAUAUCAUUUUGCGCCUUCUGAGCCACAUACGCCAAACCCAUGUUCAUCUUCUUAAUCUAAAACCUAAAAUCUUGCAACUUCCUCCAUGCCAUGACAAUCUUAAUCAUCCAAACCCUUCAAAUUCCAGUCCCUUUCAACAUUUCUCAGAUACCCUUUUCAUCUUGCUUCCCUCUUGUUUAAUUCGCCUCCCAUUUUAGUUAGCUCAAUAACCCAGGUCGGAUUUCCAUGGCGGGUCUCUCGAUUGUUUGCAAUAAUGGCUACUCUCUGCCUACAGGAAGCUUCGGAGCUCAUAUCAACAGCAACAAGCAUCUAUGGAGGUAUAGAAACUUCUCUUGUAGCUCUGUUACUCUUCCUCCCAUGGCUUUGCCUUCUACAUACUUAAAUCUUCGAUGCCAGUUGCUCUGUAAUUGUAAAUUUAGGGUAAUAAGCAACGGGCAAUGGCGAUUUUCUUGUAACAGUAAACUUGAGCAUAUGAUGAAUGAUAAAAUGCCUCCUCUGGGUGGUAGUAGAAGGAACAACAAUUUGAGAAGAAAAAUUGGUUUAAGAUUACGCCCGAGGUUGAGAUUGUUAUCCAAAAGAUUAAGAACAGUUUCUGUUCGAUCAGCUAUGAACAAUGUAAGAACAUUUAUUAGGAAGAAUGUUAGGAAGGUGAGCCUUUCUGCUUCAGUUUGUAUUGUUUUGGGGCUGUGCUAUUUGUUUCUGAAAGUAACUGCAGUCCCACCUUCUAAGAAUGUUCCAUAUUCAGAUUUCAUUACCAGCCUUCAGAAUGGAACUGUCACCAAAGUUUUACUCGAGGAGGGGUCUCGUCGUAUCUAUUUCAAUCGAAGUUUUACGGAGUCGAUCGAAGGUUUAGAUAGUAAACCAUUAGUAGUAGAUAGUUCUAAUGGAAGUGAUGAGGGAGUGAAUGGUGACUCCAGAGCUGUGCAAGCCCCAAAGAUGAAUUUAUUGACAAAAUUCUCUAGGAGAAGCAAAGUUGCGAUUCCGGAGUGGAAAUUUUCGACGAGGAAAGUAGACCAUGAUGAGAAGUUUUUGCUUGGUUUGAUGAGAGAAAAGGGAACUACUUAUAGUUCAGCACCUCAAUCGGUUCUGAUGUCGAUGAGAACUACGUUGAUAACGAUCAUAUCUCUAUGGAUUCCUUUAAUUCCUCUCAUGUGGCUUCUUUAUCGUCAACUCUCUGCAUCGAAUACAACUGCGAGAAAGCGCCAACCUAACAGUCCCAUGGUUGGAUUCGAAGACGUGGAAGGCGUUGAUGGUGCUAAAGUCGAGCUCAUGGAGGUAGUAUCAUGUCUUCAAGGAGCUAUUAGCUACCAAAAACUAGGAGCAAAGCUUCCAAAAGGUGUCUUGUUAGUAGGUCCUCCUGGAACGGGGAAAACGCUCCUUGCACGAGCGGUGGCUGGAGAAGCAGGGGUUCCGUUUUUCAGUGUAUCAGCCAGUGAAUUUGUUGAAAUGUUUGUGGGAAGAGGGGCAGCACGUAUCAGAGACCUUUUUAGUGUAGCAAGAAAAUGUGCACCAUCAAUCGUGUUCAUCGAUGAACUCGAUGCGGUUGGAGGGAAACGGGGUAGAAGUUUCAACGACGAACGUGACCAAACAUUAAACCAGUUGUUGACCGAAAUGGAUGGAUUUGAGUCGGACACGAAAGUGAUCGUUAUAGCGGCGACUAACAGACCCGAAGCACUGGAUCCUGCCCUUUGUAGGCCAGGUAGAUUCUCAAGAAAAGUUCUCGUAGGACAGCCUGAUGAAGAAGGAAGGAGAAAAAUCUUGGCAGUACACUUACGAGACGUCCCGCUCGAGGAAAACCCGAACUUAAUCUGCAGUCUAGUUGCAUCACUCACACCUGGUUACGUGGGUGCUGAUCUUGCAAACAUCGUGAACGAAGCAGCACUUCUCGCUGCUCGUAGAGGUGGCGAAAUGAUAUCGAGGGAAGAUUUUAUGGAAGCAAUUGAAAGAUCGAAAUUUGGGAUCAACAACAAGAAACUGAGAUCUAAUACAAUAAACACUGAGCUUGAAAGAUUGUUUCCAUGGAUGACAGCUCUAAUGGGAAGAAAUGACACAAAAAUGGAUGGAUCCCAAGGGCCAUUGGGCUAUCAAACUUUGAGUUGAUUGACAAUAUUGAUAUCAUUUGCCUUGUAC